AUGGCAUUAAAAUUUGCACUGACAACUAUUUUAACAAUACUGAUAAUGCUUUCUCUAUAUCAUUUUCGAGAUACUAAUCACUGGAUAGAAAGGUUUUCCGUAGAAGUUCAAGAAAACACUAUUAUUACAACAACAAUUUCUACCUUAAUCAUUUCACUAUUAAUGAGUAUUUCUGUCCCUAUUGAACCAAUCCUAAUAUCUAUGGCGUUUUUCACUUCGAGGGUUAAUGACCCAACUUUUGAUGUAAUUUUAAGUUUAUUUAUAUGUUUUAAUGCCACACAAAUCAGUACUUUCUUGACAGUUACUAUUUUCAGAUGUUGUUUUCUUGGAUAUUACAAAGAAAUGACUCACAAGUACACAAUUUUUUCUGCAUUCAACGAAGUAGCCAAGGAAAAAGGGAUUUUACUAGUGGUUUUAAUUAGACUCUCUCUUUUUUUGCCAUUCGUUUUGAGCAAUUGUUUAUUGGGUCUAACAGAUAUUUCAAUCUCUAGUUUAUUUAUAGGAAACUUAGCAGUUAUCCCAGCCCAAAUUUCCCUAAUCUUAUUUGGGAUUUCAAUUUAUGACAAUAAACGCAUUCAACAAGAAUUAUACAUCACUUAUAUUCAUCCUAAAUACGCACUUUUAUUCUUUUCACUCACAGUACUUUCCGUAUUAGUACUUAUCUACAUCGUAUUUCAAAAGUAUCGAGAAAUUACUCAGAAAACUGAGUUUCUUUUGAAAGAAGAACAUCUUUCUUCUGUUCCCUUCCAUCAAAUUGAUAAUUUGUAA